AUGGAAGGGUACUUGUUGGGGAGGAUGAAGAGGAGGGACCACCUGCUGCUCAAUGACAGCACCGGUGCUCCGGCGACAGUUCAGUCGCCGCAGACGCCGAUGGAGCCCAUGGAGUUCCUGUCGCGGUCUUGGAGCGUGUCCGCGUCCGACAUAUCCAAGGUGCUUGCCGUCGGCGGCGUCGGCGUGGCCGGCAGGCGGAGCUCCAACUUCGUCGUCGAUCGCCUCUCCGGGAUGCUCAUGCCGGACACGAUCGCGCUCGCCGCCGCUUCCGGCACUAACCCGAGCCCCAAGAAGCGCACUAGCAGGAGCAGGAGCGCGAUCUGCGCGCACCACCACACCAUCGGCAGGUGGUUCCACCACAGGGACGGGAGCAGCAGGGUGGACAAGGCUCGUGCCGAGCGGGCGCGCGUCCAUGCCGCAGUCUCCGUGGCCAGCGUGGCCGCCGCUGUCGCUGCCCUCGCCGCGGGAACUGUGAGCCCGGAGGACCCAGAGGACGCCAAGAUGGACGCGGCGCUGGCAUCCGCCACGCAGCUCCUGGCCUCGCACUGCAUCGAGUUUGCCGAGCUCGCCGGCGCCGAUCACGACCAGGUGGCCUCCGCCGUUGAGGGCGCCGUCGAAGUUCGGAGCCCCGGCGAUCUCAUGACCCUCACCGCUGCAGCUGCCACAGCUCUGAGAGGAGCCACGGCGCUGAGGCAGAGAGAGCAUCGGGAGGCGAGGAGCAAAGCGGCGGUGGCGCCCUACGACAGCUGCCGCGCGGACAUAUGGUGCAAGGAAGGGACGCUCCUCAAGCGCGGCCGGAAAGGCGCGCUGCGCUGGAAGCGAGUGUCCGUGUACAUCAACAAGAGGUCUCAGGUGAUCGUAAAGCUCAAGAGCAAGCACGUCGGCGGCGCCUUCUCCAAGAAGAAGAGGAGCGUCGUGUACGGCGUCCACGACGACACGCCGGCGCCGUGGCCGGGGCACGGCUCCGUCGGCAUGCCAGACUCUGCCACGGCGGCAUCGGAGAAGCGCCACUUUGGGCUGAGGACGGCGCAGGGCCUGGUGGAGUUCGAGUGCGAGAGCAGGAUGCACAUGCAGGAGUGGGUGGAUUCGGUGAAGAACCUGCUCCGGCAGGCGGCCGGCGGGACUGCUCAGCUCGAGCAUUCCUUCCAGUCGCUCAGGCUUAGCGCCUCGUAA